AUGGCUGUCGCCUGGUGGCUCUCCGCUCUGGCCCGGUGCUCGCGAGGCCUCGGCCGUGCCCUGCGGCGGGCGCUGAGCGGCGGCGGAGUCCGACGUUUCGGCGGGCCAACCUGGACGAGGCGGGGCGUGUCGGCGGAGGAAGACGGGGAGGAGGCAGAGGCGCUGCUCCGUUCAACGGUGGAGGUGGAGGAGAGACUCACAGAGCCCCGGUCUCUACUGAGCAAAGUUCAGGUGACACAGAGACUCACAGAGCCCCGGUCUCUGCUGAACGAGGUUCAGGUUUCACAGAGACUCGCAGAGCCCCGGUCUCUACUGAGGAACGUUCAGGUGACACAGAGACUCACAGAGCCCCAGUCUCUACUGAGCGAGGUUCAGGUGACACAGAGACUCACAGAGCCCCGGUCUCUACUGAGCAAAGUUCAGGUGACACAGAGACUCACAGAGCCCCGAUCUCUACUGAGCAAAGUCCAGGUGACAGAGAGACUCACAGAGCCCCGAUCUCUAUUGAGGAACGUUCAGGUGCCACAGAGACUCACAGAGCCCCGAUCUCUACUGAACGAGGUUCAGGUGACACAGAGACUCACAGAGCCCCGGUCUCUACUGAACGAGGUUCAGGCGACACAGAGACUCACAGAGCCCCGAUCUCUACUGAGCAAAGUUCAGGGGACACAGAGACUCACAGAGCCCCGAUCUCUACUGAGGAACGUUCAGGUCUCACAGAGACUAACAGAGCCCCGAUCUCUACUGAGCAAAGUUCAGCUGACACAGAGACUCACAGAACCCCGAUCUCUACUGAGCAAAGUUCAGGUGACACAGAGACUCACAGAGCCCCGGUCUCUACUGAGGAACGUUCAGGUGACACAGAGACUCACAGAGCCCCGAUCUCUACUGAACGAGGUUCAGGUCUCACAGAGACUCACAGAGCCCCGGUCUCUACUGAGGAACGUUCAGGUGACACAGAGACUCCCAGAGCCCCGAUCUCUACUGAGGAACGUUCAGGUAUCGCAGAGACUCACAGAGCCCCAGUCUCUACUGAGGAAUGUUCAGGUGACACAGAGACUCACAGAGCCCCGAUCUCUACUGAACGAGGUUCAGGUGACACAGAGACUCACAGAACCCCGAUCUCUACUGAGGAAUGUUCAGGUGACACAGAGACUCACAGAGCCCCGAUCUCUACUGAGCAAAGUUCAGGUGACACAGAGACUCACAGAGCCCCGAUCUCUACUGAGGAACGUUCAGGUGACACAGAGACUCACAGAGCCCCGGUCUCUACUGAGGAACGUUCAGGUGACACAGAGACUCAUAGAGCCUCGGUCUCUACUGAACGGGGUUCAGGUGACACAGAGACUCACAGAGCCCCGGUCUCUACUGAGGAACGUUCAGGUGACACAGAGACUCACAGAGCCCCGGUCUCUACUGAGCGAGGUUCAGGUGACACAGAGACUCACAGAGCCCCGAUCUCUACUGAGCAAAGUUCAGGUGACACAGAGACUCAUAGAGCCCCGGUCUCUACUGAGCAAAGUUCAGGUGACACAGAGACUCACAGAGCCCCGGUCUCUACUGAGCAAAGUUCAGGUGACACAGAGACUCACAGAGCCCCGAUCUCUACCGAGCAAAGUUCAGGUGACACAGAGACUCACAGAGCCCCGAUCUCUACUGAGCAAAGUUCAGGUGACACAGAGACUCACAGAGCCCCGGUCUCUACUGAACGAGGUUCAGGUGACACAGAGACUCACAGAGCCCCGGUCUCUACUGAACGAGGUUCAGGUCUCACAGAGAAUCACAGAGCCCCGAUCUCUACUGAGGAACGUUCAGGUGACACAGAGAAUCACAGAACCCCGGUCUCUACUGAGCAAAGUUCAGGUGACACAGAGACUAACAGAGCUCCAAUCUCUACUGAGCGAGGUUCAGGUGACACAGAGACUCCCAGAUCCACGAUCUCUCCAGAACAACGUUCCCACCACACAGAGACUCACAGACCCACGAUCUCUCCAGAGCAACUUUCACACCACGCAGAAACUCACAGAUCCACGAUCUCUCCAGAACAACGUUCACACCACACAGAGACUCCCAGAUCCACGAUCUCUCCAGAACAACGUUCACACCACACAGAGACUCACAGACCCACGAUCUCUCCAGAACAACGGUUACACCACACAGAUACUCACAGACCCACGAUCUCUCCAGAACAACUUUCACACCACACAGAGACUCCCAGAGCCUCAAUCUCUCCAGAACAACUUUCACACCACACAGAUACUCACAGACCCACGAUCUCUCCAGAACAACGUUCACACCACACAGACACUCCCAGACCCACGAUCUCUCCAGAACAACAUACUCCCAGACCCAUGA